AUGUUUAGCCGCAUGUUUGGGAAACCUAAACAGGAAACCAAUGCUGUUGCCACUUUGGACAAGUUAAACGAGACGCUUGAAAUGCUGGAGAAAAAGGAGAAAGUGCUCCUUAAAAAGGUGUCGGCAGAAGUUGAAAAGGCCAAAGAGUUCACAAGGGGGAAGAACAAAAGGGCGGCAAUACAAUGUCUGAAGAGGAAGAGGUUAUAUGAACAGCAAAUAGAGCAGCUUGGAAAUUUCCAGUUGCGAAUUCAUGACCAGAUGAUAAUGUUGGAAGGUGCUAAAGCCACCACAGAAACAGUAGAUGCUUUAAGAACUGGAGCGGCUGCUAUGAAGGCUAUGCAAAAAGCAACGAAUAUUGAUGAUGUUGACAAGACCAUGGAUGAGAUAAAUGAACAGACUGAGAACAUGAAACAGAUUCAGGAUGCAUUAUCAGCUCCAAUUGGUGCAGCUGCUGAUUUUGACGAGGAUGAAUUGGAAGCGGAACUUGAGGAGCUGGAGGGUGCUGAGUUGGAAGAACAACUUCUUCAGCCAGCAACUACAGCUCCUGCAGCCCCAGUUCAGGUCCCAGCUGGGCGGCAACCUACUCGUCCUGCUGCUGCAAAGCCAACUCCUGAAGAAGAUGAAUUGGCAGCUUUGCAGGCUGAGAUGGCACUUUGA